AUGGUAUCAGAGCUCCACCGGAGCUACGCGGCGGUAGUCGUGAUGGAUAAUUCCAGUAGCGGAAACCAGGCUCAUCACAUAGCAGCUUCGUCAAGCCAGAAUCUGAUGAACCAGCGAAGUGAUGAUGUUGACGAUCCUCUAUACCUGCAUAUUAGCGAGAAUCCUAAUUUGAUUCUCGUUUCCCCUCCUCUUUCAGAGAUCAAUUAUACCUCAUGGAGCAGAUCCAUGAGGAUUGCUCUUGAAGUCAAAAACAAAUUUAGUUUUGUUGAUGGAUCUGUGGCCUGUCCAGAGGAAUCCGAUCCUAAAAUUGCAGCAUGGAGAAGGAGCAAUCGCCUUGUUUGCUCGUGGAUUCUGAAAUCCCUCAACCCUACCAUCGCGGAGAGCAUCAUGUACUUUGAUAGAGCUUCUGAUAUUUGGAAAGCACUCAACAAGAGAUGUUCCUGUACUCUUAUGGCUAGAAUGCAGAAGGAAAGGGAUAAUGAUCAGGUGAUAAGAUUUCUUGAGGGAUUGAAUGAUGAAUAUGAAACAAUAAAGUCAGAUGUUCUGGUUAUGGAUCCCAUGCCAGAGAUGGAAAAGGUCUUGAACAUGACUCUUAAGGUGGAAAGAAAGAUUAAAGGCUCAGUUAGUCAAAGGAACAUUGAUAUCAUCCAGUCAAAUGCUAUUCAAAACAAUCAAGCACAAUCUGAAGAGGAACUCAAUGUUGUGGCAAUGUCUUCAUCCAAUACUAGAAAGAAGUUCAACAAUAAUGGAGGAAAAAAUGUUCCUAAAUGUACCUCUGUGGUAUGA